GGGAGGGAGAAAGUGGGGAAAAUAAGCCUAUUUAGUGUGUUUCCAGUCCAGUGCUCUCACGUUGGGUGCGAGUUGACAGCUGUGUAUAUCAGAGGCCACAUCAUCGCUCACUCUCCUGUGGUGCUUCUCAUACUCAGACGGAGAUAAUAGGCUAUUAGAGGCAUGGGAUUAAUUUGUAGCCAAUUACCACUCACAGUGGAAUAUGAAUGCAUAAAUAAGCCACGGCUUGUGUCUAAGUUUUGGAGAUGAUCAGAGCUGUGUAAAGGGGAGGGUAGCCAGCUGGGCGCGCGCGCGCGUGUGUAUGUGACAUAAACGACAGGGUGUCCUGAGGGGACGGUUCAAACCCAAAAAGGACCUGAGCAGGGGGACAUCAGCAUCACCAUCCAGAGACCGGCUAGAUCAACUCCUGACCAAAAUCAUCUUAAGUAGCAGACUGCACUUAUUUGUUGUAUUUUCACCAGAAUGUGUCCUGUUGAAUAAAGAACGGCAAAAGAGAACAGAAGUCAGACGGCUGUGCUGCCCUCUGGAGAGCUAUGAACCGGGAUAAAGUGCAGGUUGGCGACUCCAUCGUACCUGCCGCUGCCGGCGUGAUCGUGGUCGCUCCGCAGGACGGCAUGGACGACAAGCGCCUCGCUGCCGAUGAAUUGCCAGUGUUUAACUGCGCCGGAGGGAGAGACGCUUUACCGGCGGAGAGUCGAGAAACCUCACCGAGACACGAGCCCUCACCGGCCGGCGCGCCUCCUACCGUCCACCGGACAACCUCGUUCUCGGUUCUGGACAUUUUGGACCCCAAUAAAUUUACUAGUAAGAGGCAAACAUCUAACAGGACAGGUUGUGAUUUCACGUUUGGUGCAGAAAACAGAAGCGAUGACUCAAAUCAUACGAUCGAGCACAAGUCUUAUCAAGAGGACUACGACUGUAAAAAAACAUCAGGGAUUUUAAAAGACGGAUUUGUGUUCCGAUCAGAGGAAUGUGAGGCUGAUUUUACCCGAGGGAAUCAGUCGGACAGCGAGCUGCAGGAGGAUCUGUGCAGUGAGGAGAGCAGCGCCCUGCUUGGAAACAACGACGGCGAGUUUGGGCAGCACGAGGACGACGACUCACUAAACAAAAGUCCAGAAGGACAGCAGACUCAACAGUCCUCAUCAAACGGACAGAAUCACUCGGCGAAACCCAAGCGUAAGCGCUCCGGUUCGGACUCGAAGUCUGGCAAACCCAGAAGGGCCCGGACUGCGUUCACGUACGAGCAGCUGGUGGCUCUGGAGAACAAAUUUAAGUCGACGCGAUACCUGUCCGUGUGCGAACGCCUCAACCUGGCGCUGUCUUUGAGCUUGACAGAGACUCAGGUGAAAAUAUGGUUUCAGAACCGCCGGACCAAGUGGAAGAAACAGAACCCGGGCGCGGACACAAGCGCGCCGACCAGCGGGAGCGGAGGUGGACCGAACAACGGGCUGGGCAGCCUGAGUCCUCUGAGCCCGUCUCCUCCUAUGAGCGGUCAUCUGUCCAUGCACACCAGCUAUCCGGGUCACGGGCCAGGAGGACUCGUAUGCACCACUCAGUUACCCUUUCUGCCGGGUCACGCGGUACUGUCACCCUUCAUGCUCGGCUCUCAGACUUACGGAGCUCCCACAUUUUACGCGCCGCACUUAUAAGAAGAAAUCUUUAGGAGAUGUCCUGGAUCGGAAGAAACAGAGUGUCCGGUCAACUCGGCACAGGAACAUUUUUAACAUGAAGCACUAUGCUGUCACACACUUGCAAAGACAUUUGAUAGGUUUGUCUUAAAAACCGAGAUGUAGCAACCAUUCUGCACUGUGGCAAACCCAGAAUUAAGUUUAGGAAUCAUUUUCCUCAUGUUCGGCAAUACAUGCUAAUAAUUAGUUUUGAUUUCAAUUUGCUUCAUUUGGAUCAACUGUGAAUAUUUCUCAAGGUCAAACUGUAUAUAUUUAGUUAUUAUGAAAUGUGUUUAGACAUUAACUUUGAAUGCAAAUGUAGUAGGGAAUUAAACGGUAUGUACUGAAACAAAGAAUGAGAUUGGACUAAAAUCGUGUAAACAUAAGAUUAAUGAAAAGUUUUUUUAUUUUUAUUUUUUACUGUGGGCCAUAUUAUUUAAUUCUGAAGUUGCAUAGACUAUGCUAUUAUUUAAUUGUUUGUCUCACA